AUGCACAUCACCCUCUACUACAUAGUCACCCGGCUCCCUGACACCCUUCGCCCGGUUAGGGACCACUUCCUCUCUGUUUGCCCCACCACCCUCACCGUUGACCUCCUCGAGGAGCGCCUUCUAGCGGCAGAGAAGAGCAUAGUCGCUGUAGGAGCCUCUCGUGGUGACCCUCGUACCCCUGUCUUUGAGGGGUGCUCCCCCUCUCCCCUCCUGCCCUCUGUUGCCUCUGCUGCUGCGGCCGACCUCGUUGGUCUUGAGUCGGUCGCUGCGGCGUCUGCCCCUAGCGGGAGACGCCGCCCUGGCAAGGGCAAGGGGGGCAAGGGUGCUGGAGGAGCUAGCGGGGGCGGUGGAGGCGGAGGUGGAGGUGGUGGAGGGGGUGGGGGUGGCGGUGGGGGUGGUGGCGGGGGUGGGGGCGUCGGUGGCGGCAGUGGAGGCGGAGGCGGAGGCGGCGGUGGCGGUGGGAGCGGAGGUGGCGGAGGUGGCGGUAGUGGAGGAGGUAGCGGCGGAGGAGGUGGAGCUGGUCGGGGUGGCGCUGUCCAGAGGGUUGGCUCCGGUGGUGGUCAGCGCCAGCAGCAGCAGCAGCGCGCUCGUGAGAUCCCCCCCCUCAGCAGCUUCGUGAGUGGUACGCUGCACGUCAGCGGGCGUUGCUUUGGCCGUCUGACGGACGCGUGGCGUCACCAGUUCCCCGACGCUACUGAGAUCCCUCGCUGGGGCGAGCUGUCUAGGGAUGGUGUUGCGAUCUUUGAUCUUGAUUAUGAUGCUAUUCUUGCUGCCAUGUAUGCUGUGACUAUUAGUGAUGAGGGUGACUGUUACCGGUGUUUUCCGCCUGACCCAGGCAUAGAGGCUGCUGCGCUAGGUGCUUGUGAGGCUGCUGCUCUAGGUGCCAGUGCGUCUGCCGCCCCAGGUGCCGGUGAGUCUGCGCUCUCAGGUACUGCGUCGUCUCCGGACACCCACACCUUCACCCUUGACUCGGGUGCUUCCCGCUCCUUCUUUCGAGACUGCACCACUCUCACGCCACUCAGUCGGCCCGUUGCAGUCUCCCUGGCAGACCCCUCUGGGGGUCCUGUCCUUGCCCACUACUCCACUGUCCUACCGUGUCCAGCGGUCCCGUCUGGCUCCCUGUCGGGUCUUUACCUCCCCUCGUUCUCUACGAACUUGGUGGCGGGUGCUGACCUACAGGAUGGGGGAGUUGACCAGUUCACCCCUGCUCGUCAGCGGGUGACUCACUGCACGUGUGCAGACACGGGCCGACACUUGGCCACGUUUACCCGUCGGCCGGGGUCGAGCCUGUACACACUGACUACUGAGUCUCCUCCAGUCACUGAGUCUGCUCAGGUAGCAGCGUCGGGUCAGGUGUUUGCUGCGGCGUCCAGGUCUGGUCCUGAGUCUGCCCCCUGCUCGUGUCGUCUCCUGUCCCACCGGACUCUCCUCUGGCACCACCGUCUUGGUCACCCCUCCCUGCCUCGUCUUCGAGGCAUGGCUUCCCGUCUUCUUGUCUCUGGCCUCCCCCGGUCCCUCCCUCCCCUUCCUCCGGGGCCUGCCCCCACCUGCGUUCCCUGCGUCGAGGGGCGGCAGCGCGCUGCCCCUCACUCCUCCGAGUUUCCUCCGACAGAGGCUCCGCUGCAGACGCUUCACAUGGACGUGUGGGGCCCUGCCCGCGUCCGUGGACAGGGUCUCGAGCGUUACUUCCUGCUGGUGGUUGACGACUACUCGCGUUACACCACAGUCUUCCCCUUGCGCAGCAAGGGUGACGUCACUGAGGUGUUGAUCGCCUGGAUCCGCGCAGCUCGUCUCCAGCUCCGGGAGAGUUUCGGCUCUGACUUUCCUGUUCUGCGUCUGCACUCCGACAGAGGCGGAGAGUUCUCCUCUGACCUUCUGCGGGCCUUCUGUCGUGCACGAGGCAUCCGCCAGACCUUCACGCUUCCGGACUCUCCACAGCAAAAUGGGAUUGCUGAGCGCCGCAUUGGCAUGAUCAUGGACAUCAACCUUCACCCCCGGGUCUCCAGGCCGGAGACCUCCCCUGCUUUACUGUGGACGGGGAAGGUUGGCGAUGCGUCUGCGUUCCGUGUCUGGGGAUCUCGGGCGUUUGUCCGCGACUUGUCUGCGGACAAGCUGUCCUCUCGUGCUGUUCCCUGCGUCUUCCUUGGCUUCCCUCCUGACGCGCCAGGCUGGCAGUUCUACCACCCCACCUCGCGUCGUGUUCUGUCCUCCCAGGACGUCACCUUUGACGAGUCGGUUCCCUACUACCGUCUCUUCCCCUACCGCACUGCGUCCCUCCCUCCCCCGCCGCUCUUCCUUACGCCAGGUCCCCCUCCGGUAGACCCCCUCCCCCCUCAGGGUCCUGCUCCCUCAGGUGUGUCCCAGGUAGAUGCAGUCGAGCCUGUCGAGGUAGCUGUUGACUCUGGUACUGCUGGGGGUGCUGAGCCUGGGGGUGCUGGGUCUGGGGGUGCUGCGCCUGGGGGUGCUGAGCCUGGGGGUGCUGCGCCUGGGGGUGCUGAGCCUGGGGGUGCUACGUCUGGGGGUGCUGAGCCUGGGGGUGCUACGUCUGGGGGUGCUGAGCCUGGGGGUGCUGCGCCUGGGAGUGCUGAGCCUGGGGGUGCUGUGUCUCGGAGUGCGGAGCCUGAGGGUGCUGGGCCUGGCGGUUCUUCGGGUGCUUCGUCCCGGCGGGAGCUACUCUCUCCACAGGAGCUGCGUGAGUGGUUCGCCCGGCGCUGGCGGCGUGCUGCUGGAGCUGGUGGUGCUGCGGACGCUGGAGGUUCUGCUGCUGCUGAGGGUGCUGGUGCAGAGGGUCCCAGAGGUGCUCGUACAGGGUGUACUGGAGCUGCUGGGCCUACGGGUGCUCCUCUUGCUGGUGCUGGUGGUGCUACUGGUGCUACUGGCGUUGGUGCUGCUGGUGCUCCUGGAGCUGGAGCUGCUGCGUCUUCGGGUGGUCCGACUGGAGCUGGAGCUACUGGGGGUGUUGGCGCUGGAGGUGCUACUGGCGCUGGUGCUGCUGAGGGUGCUGGAGUUGGAGCUGCUGGAGCUGAGGGUAUGCCUGGUGCUGGUGCUCCCGUUGGGGUGUAG